AUGAAUACCAUCGUUCCAAAGACGGAUAACGAUGGAGCCACAUAUCCACUAGCUGCUCCUUCGAGGAUAGCAACCGAACUUGGAGCACUCGUAGGAGCACUUGAAACUGAAGCCGUGGACAGUGUUGAAUGGCCAGCAGAAGCUGACCUGGCCACCAGACGACUCAUGCCAGACGUCUCAGAACCAGUUGGUGUGGUAGAGGACGUCUCGGUACCAGUUGGAGAAACGCUAGACGAUUCGGUACCAGUUGGUGUGUUAGAAAACGACUCAGAACCAGUUGGUGUGGAAGAGGACGACUCAGAACCAGUUGGUGUGGAAGAGGACGACUCAGUACCAGUUGGGGUGGUAGAGGACGACUCAGUACCAGUUGGGGUUGUAGAGGACGUCUCGGUACUAGCUGGAGAAACGCUAGACGUCUCAGUACCAGUUGGAGUAGAUUGA